UGUUACAAAGCAACCGUGCCAGUAUAUCACACACAAGUUUAAAAAAUUCUGUAAUUGUAUUUUUUCUAGGAGGGAGACUAUUAACAGAUACUUGGGGUCCAUGUCACUGGAUCGGAGGCGAGCAUUUGGCUUGUGGUACAGCAAAGUUUUGCCCCCCUCCAAAAUCACCAGAGGUCAUCAGUCACUCAUCAGGGACACUGGAAACCUGAUCACUUACCUGCCCUUCCACAACUUCCAACACCUCUCACCUGCUCAGCUAUUAGACGGACUGGAUGUAUUGCAAAGAAACACUCUGAGCCCCCUAAAGCAGGAAUUCAUAGCACAGAGCCUCAUCGGCACCUACAGAAACCUGACAGCUCAGGAUUUCACCAGGCUGGGUAAUCUCUCGUGCCUGGCAGACUCAAAGGACCUCCUGGUAUACAAAGGCACUAAGGCCUUCAGAGUCAUCCAGGAAUUUGUCAUGAACUGCACACGCGAGGGACGCAGCCUGCCAAGCCACCUGACUUCCAGUGUGUUACUCAAUAGCACAGAGUUAAGUGUCCCAUCCUCACUCAGCCCUGACCGACUGGCAGAGCUCGCCCAUCUCCUGCCCUCGCUGGGUGUGACUUUCCUGCAGCGUCUCACCUCAUCACAGCUACCUGCUGUCCUUCCUGCUCUUGACUCUGUGCCUUUCAGUCCUGAACAGGCCUCCAUAAUCGUAGACAAGCUGUCUUCAAGUAACACACUGAGCACUCCAGGCCGGCUGGAGGAGCUCGGCUCCCUCGUUGUGGGAGUAAAGACGGAGGCUUUGUUGACACUGACCUCUGACAAGCUGCUGUCAUCCCUGCCUGCCAUGGCUCAACACACACCAGGCUUCAGCCCACCACAAGCAAACGCUAUCUCCGCCAAACUAUGGGGCUUUCCAGAAGUGGUUGGCUGGUUGGAUGAUGUAGAGCCUCUGCUCUAUUGCACACCGCUGCUCAGUAUCCUGCCCAGGACUCAUCAGCUUGUGAACAACAUCACCACUGCAUCCACAAAACCCUGGAACACACAGCAGGCUAAAGCAAUAUUCAAAGAGGUGCUUGGUACUAAACCAAAUCUUAUCAAGCAAGAUUUCCUGAGUCUGGGAACAGUGGGUCAGGGUGUGAGCUGUAAGGCCUUACAGGAGCGUUUCAGAGCUGAUCCCUUGCCUUUGUCAGUGAGAAGAAUCCUGGCGUUUCUCAGGCAGCAGCCCAGUCCUCUGCACACCUCACUGAAAAAGUGUGUGAUCGAUGAGCUGUAUCAGUUUGAGUUCUUCUCUCAGCUGCUUGAAGAUCUUGGAGCUGAGAUUGCCCUGUCCAUGCCGGUGAGCACCAUUAAAAAGUUCUCUACAGAUAUGAUGGACACUCUAAGGAAGAUAAUUAUUAAGGACCCUCAUCAAUUUAUCGUGCUGUCAAGAACAAAACAGGAGCUCCUGGUGGACAAAAUGGUGCAGAGGAUGGGCAUGUACACAGGGGUGUUCACUGAAGAGGAGUUCCGUUCACUGGGCAUCAUGGCCACGUUUGUGGUGGACGAGGUAUUCGUCCAACUGGACCGCAGCUUCUUCACUGACAAUCUGGAUUUCCUCCGGGGGCUGUGCUACAGCAGCAGCAAGAUGGACAUAGUGGCUUCAAUCCUGCAAGAACCUGCUGCCUUCGGCCCAGUGCAGAGCUGGAACCAGACUACGCUCAGUCAGGUGGACAGAUUUCUCUUUUUCCUGCCCGAGGAAAGGCUGCAGAAGAUUUCCCCGGAAUUGAUGACUGUCGGGCGAAUAGAAAAGCUGUUCAUGAGCCAGCGUCAGUGGGAACACGGGGAUGUUGGGAUCCACUGUUUAGACAAGAAUGAGAGGAGGCGUUUUUUUGAAAAGCAGCAGUUUGUUCUUCAGUACUUCCUCGGCUUCCUCAAAAUAAAACCUCUGUCACCGACCCCUAUGGUUCCUACCUGUGAGAUUCUACAUACAACAGCUCCCUCUGCCUGGACCUCGAAAAGUCUGACAAGCAUGUCUUCAUCGGCCUUCUCCAACUGUCUGGAGUUGAUAGGUCAAGACCCAUUCCUUGCAUCAUACCAACGCAGCCAGGUCAUCAAAAAAGUCAAAGAGACGUAUGGCCCCGUGUCCUCCUACUCCCAGUCUGUGAUCUCCCAGCUGGGUGGACUAGCGGUGGAGCUGUCAGUAGAGGAGCUGACCACCCUACGUUUGACUGACAGGAGGAGCAUCGCUUCUAUGGGUGCUGUCAGUGCCUGGAGCAACAGACAGCUGGCUGCACUGUUUACCGCUGUGUUAAACUCCACCAAGCAGAGUCCGAGCCAGCUUGACUCCAGCACACUGGUUGCUAUGGGAUACAUCGUGUGCGGAGCUAAAACCACAGAGAUGAACACUUUCAAUGCCGUAGAGUUUAGUAAGGCGGUGCUCUGGCUGGGUCAGCUGAGGUUGUCCUGCUCAGAGGAGCAGCUGCUGGCACUUGUUGGGCUACUGACCCACAGCCUUGCUUUUGGACUCAUGAGCUCAUGGGGAACUGAUGUCUUUAUUGAGAUCGGAGUUCUGGCAGCUGGCAUUUCAGACAUGGCCAUGUCUGCCUUGGUGAAAGAGCAAAUUGAAGGAAUCACACCUGUGGCUAUUUCAAUGAUAUCACCUAAAAGAUUUGCUGCGGUGUUUCGCCAGCAACAGAUCAGCAUGUUCUCCUAUGAGCAGGCUGCUGCAGUAACUGGUGAGCAGCUGUCAGCUCUGUCAGAUGUCCAGAAGACGGCUCUGGCUAUGGUGCUGACGCCCUGGGAGGACCGGCCUGUAGACUUCAGAGGGAAGUCACUGGGGCUGGCGCUGAGCCACAGUCCUCUGUGUCUGAUAGUGGGACUGCUGAUACUGCUGAUCAUCCCGCGCUACCCUGACCUGAUCUGCCCUGGCACAUGACCCCACUCACCCCUGCUGGAUCUGGAGAGAACUCUUCCCUCCUCAUCCACAUAACCAAGAUUAUCUCAUUUAUCUGUGCAAUACCAUGUCUGAUUGUAAUAAGCAUCACUUCAGUAUUUCUAUAUACUGUAUUUAAUGAGAUUAUUAUUUAUUUUGUGCAACUUAACAUAUCAACAUUCAGCACUGAGGGAACCAAAGGAAUAGUUUUUAACUUAAAAAAGAGAAAAGCAAUACAUUUUCACAAUAUAACCUCCCACAGAAUUAUUUUCAUUGCUGUUGGCAUAUAUAUAUAUAUAUAUGUAUAUGUAUGUAUAUUUUUUUUAAUCUUGAGAAACCUGUAUGAACCACAACUGUCCCAGUGUAGUCUUCUAAGGGAUGUUACGCCAUACCCGGAAAAGCAACCCAAACACUUAAAUAUUACCAAUAUAUAUAUUUUUUGUGAAAUGACAAGAGUGUAAGAGCUGUAAUGUUUGCUACAUUUAUAUAUUUAUCCCGAGUUUUCUUAAUUAGAUAAGAUUAAGGUACAUAAAGGUCAACAAGAACUGAUAAUACUACUAUUGGUCAACUUUCAGUCUAUUGUUGCUGUGAGUUUUGUAUUGUUGUGCACACAUUCUGGUGUGAUAAAUAUAGACGUAAGUUAUUAAACUGAAC